CCAGGACAUAGAACCUCACUUGUAGAUGAGAGUCUUCUGGAAGAGAAGAGUGGCAGAAUUUUUUUUAAGUACCAAGAUUUGACUAUGAAGUAAUUCGUGCACAUGGCAUUGGUAAGGCGCUCUUUCAGGUGGAUCAAGCCCUUGGCCACAGAUUCCUGGUUGCUCGUACUUAUUCUCUUUUCUGUACAACAUGCGUACGGGGGUGGAAAGAAGUUUAUUGGUCCCUGCGGGGGAAGAGAUUGCUCUCUUUGCCAGUGCUUUCCUGAAAAGGGGUCUCGGGGUCAACCAGGACCACCAGGGCCACAGGGUCCUAUUGGACCCCUGGGGCCACCAGGACCCAUUGGAAUUCCAGGAGAGAAAGGGAUGAGAGGUGACAGUGGCCUUCCUGGAGCAGCAGGUGACAAGGGUGAUAAGGGUCCAACCGGUGUUCCUGGAUUCCCAGGUUUGGAUGGGAUACCUGGGCACCCAGGGCCUCCUGGAUCCAGAGGCAAAUCUGGCAUAGAUGGCUACAAUGGCUCAAGAGGUGCUCCAGGCUUUCCAGGAGAAAGAGGAGCUCCUGGCCCACAAGGCUCCCCAGGCCUUCUUGGGAAAAAAGGAGAAAAAGGAAAUUCAGUGUUCAUUUUAGAUGUCAUUAAAGGUAUUCAGGGUGACAGAGGGGACCCAGGACCUCCCGGCUUACCAGGCUCAAGGGGAGUGAGAGGACCAGCAGGCCCAGUGGGAUAUCCAGGAGAGCCGGGGUUGGCAGGACCUCCAGGCCCUCCUGGGAGUCCAGGUUUGAAGGGUAAUCCUGGCGUGGGAGUAAAGGGGCAAAUGGGAGACCCGGGUGAGGUUGGCCAGCAGGGUUCUCCAGGACCCACCCUUCUGGUGCAGCCACCUGAUUCUGGUCUCUAUAAAGGAGCAAAGGGUAUUAAAGGAAUGCCUGGAAUCAUUGGACCUCCCGGACCACCAGGACCCAAGGGGGAGCCCGGUAUUGGGACAAAAGGAGAGAAAGGUAUUCCUGGGUUUCCAGGACCUCGGGGGGACCCUGGCUUCUAUGGCUCUCCAGGUUUUCCAGGAUUAAAGGGGGAACCAGGAGUGUUUGGAGAUCCUGGGCCGUUUGGAUUUCUUGGUCCAAAGGGAGAUCCUGGAGACCGCGGGCACCCAGGACCACCAGGGGUUUUGGCAACUCCAGCUCUUCCACUCAAAGGGCCUCCAGGGGAUCCAGGGCACCCUGGCCGCUAUGGAGAAACGGGGGCUGUUGGACCACCUGGUCCCCCUGGUCCCCCUGGUAGACCAGGCGAAGUCUGUGCAGGCAUGAUGGGACCCCCUGGGCCACGAGGGUUUCCUGGUCAUCCAGGAUUUCCAGGGGCAGCUGGUAUUCCUGGGAGAGCUGAUUCUGCUCCAGGGAAACCAGGCGACCAGGGACCACCUGGGUUGCCUGGAGUGCCAGGGUUGCCGGGACCUCCAGGAUCAGAUGUUGUAUAUUGUAGUGCUGGGCCUCCUGGGCCACAAGGAAUAAAAGGCAAAGUGGGUCCACCAGGAAGAAGAGGCUCAAAAGGAGAAAAAGGCAACACAGGGCUCUGUGCCUGCCAGCCUGGUCCCUCAGGCCCACCCGGCCCUCCAGGACUUCCUGGGAGGCAAGGGAGUAAAGGAGACUUGGGACUCCCUGGGCGACUUGGAGAAAAAGGUUACCCAGGCCUUCCUGGUGCCAGAGGAUCUCCAGGGCCACCAGGAAAACCUGGUACCUCAGGACCACCUGGCAGCAAAGGAGAAAAAGGUGACCUGGUUGUAUCAAGAGUGAAAGGGCAUAAAGGAGAAAGAGGUCCUGAUGGGCCCCCAGGAUUUCCAGGGCAGCAGGGACAACACGGUCGAGAUGGAUAUGCUGGAGAAAAAGGGGACCCAGGACCGCUGGGAGAUCAUGAAGAUGCAGCCCCAGGUGAUAAAGGGCCUCCUGGACCACCAGGCCCCCCGGGCAGAGCAGGACCUAGGGGGCCUCCGGGACUGGGAUUUCCUGGUCCACCAGGAGAGAGAGGGCAACCAGGAGCUCCAGGCUGCCCAGGCAAGAGGGGCCCUGAUGGCUUGAAGGGUCAGAAAGGUGAUACAGUUCCUUGUAACGUAACCUACCCUGGGAGGCCAGGCCCGCCAGGUUUUGAUGGACCUCCAGGUCCAAAGGGAUUUCCAGGUCGUCGGGGAGCUCCUGGGUUGAGGUGUCUGGAUGGGGAAAAGGGUCAACGUGGCAAACCAGGAAUCUCAGAAAUACCUGGUCCACCUGGUUUUCAUGGUGAUAUGGGAGAUCCAGGUUUUGGAGGUGAAAAGGGGUCCUCCCCUGUCGGGCCCCCAGGCUCUCCAGGUUCACCUGGAGUGAAUGGUCAGAAGGGACCUCUGGGAGACUCUGCUAUUGGCUACCCAGGACCCCCAGGAAAGAGGGGUCUUUUAGGAGUACCAGGGUCAAAAGGACUCAGAGGUGAUCCUGGACGACCGGGGGCUGCAGGGCCAGCUGGCAUGCCCGGAUUCCCGGGUCUCAAAGGUCCCAAAGGGAGAGAGGGAAGUGCUGGGUUUCCAGGGAUCCCAGGUCCACCCGGCCAUUCCUGUGAAAGAGGCGCUCCAGGGAGACCAGGGCCACCAGGGCUCCCUGGAGCUCCAGGAAGUCCAGGUGCCCCAGGUUGGAAAGGACAACAAGGGGACAUGGGGCCUCCUGGGCCCGCUGGAAUGAAGGGCCUCCCCGGAGUCCCAGGACGGCCAGGGGCAGAUGGACCCCCAGGGCCCCCGGGAGUCCCAGGCCCCAGUGGGGAUGAUGCGCUACCUGGUCUUCCAGGCCCAAAGGGACCCCAGGGGCUACCCGGCUUCCUGGGUUUUCCGGGAGAGAGAGGAAAACCUGGCCCGGACGGACACCCUGGCAGAAAGGGAGAACACGGAGAACAGGGUUGGCCCGGCUCCCUGGGAGACCGAGGAGUGAAAGGUGACAAAGGAGCAAGAGGACCCCCAGGAUAUGAAGGAGAAAUGGAUGUUAUUUUGAAAAAGGGGGAAACCGGGGAACCUGGACCUCCUGGAGAUGGUGGAUUCCCAGGAGAAGAAGGUGAUAAAGGCCAUCCUGGGAUACAAGGGAAGAAAGGAGAGCCAGGAAGCUGUGGACCACCUGGAUUUCACAGAGGGGAGCCCGGGAGGAAAGGGCAGCCAGGCCUUCCUGGACCCCCAGGCCCUCCAGGCUCACCAGGGCUGAGAGGGCUCAUUGGCUUUCCGGGAUUUCCAGGUGACCAGGGUGAGCCAGGUUCUCCAGGGCCCCCUGGACUUUCAGGAAUCGAUGGUACAAGAGGACCUAAAGGAUACAAAGGGGAACCUGCAAGUCAGUUUGGCCUACCUGGUCCAAAGGGUGAGCCAGGUAGCCCUGGAUAUCCAGGACAUUUGGGAGCACCUGGAGAGCAGGGCUUGCCCGGUGUUCAAGGACCUGGAGGACCACCCGGAAGGCCAGGACCGCCUGGCUCCUCUGGACCAGCGGGGUGUCCAGGUAAUCCAGGGCUGCCUGGGCUGCAGGGACAUCCAGGAGAAAUGGGGGAUCCUGGGCCAAGAGGCCUCGUGGGGGAUCCAGGGGCACCAGGUCUUCCGGGAAUAAAAGGUCCCUCCGGGUCACCGGGCCUGAACGGCUUGCACGGUUUAAAGGGUCAGAAGGGCAGCAAAGGCGCUUCAGGUUCCCAUAAAAUGGGCCCACCUGGUCCAGUGGGAAUGCCCGGGCCAAAAGGCGAGACAGGAGACCCCGGGAGCCCAGGAAUUUCUCCUCCAGGACUUUUCGGAGACAAAGGUCCCCCAGGUCCCCCAGGGAGACCUGGACCGCCUGGUCCUGCAGGUGCCCCAGGAAGAGCUCUUAAGGGUGACAUUCCGGACCCGGGUCUGCCUGGAGAUCAGGGACCUCCUGGCCCCAAUGGUCCAAGAGGAAUACCUGGGCCUCCAGGGCCCCCUGGGAGGGUUGAACUUCUGAAAGGUGAACCAGGUGACUGUGGUCUGCCGGGGCCUCCAGGUCCCCCAGGCCCACCAGGCCCUCCAGGACGCAAAGGCUUCCCAGGAUGUGAUGGAAAAGAUGGCCAGAAAGGACCAAUGGGAUUCCCGGGGCUGCAGGGGCCACCUGGAACUCCUGGGCCACCUGGAGAGAAGGGUUUACCUGGACCUCCAGGCAGACAGGGGCCCUUGGGUCCUCCAGGUUCCAGAGGUGAACCUGGGCCCCCUGCAGACGUGGAUGCUUGCCCCCGAAUCCCGGGGCUUCCUGGGGUACCAGGCCCAAGAGGACCAGAAGGAACCAUGGGGCUCCCCGGAAUGAGAGGCCCCCCAGGACCAGGGUGCAAAGGAGAGCCCGGGCUGGAUGGCAGGAGAGGCGAGGAUGGCCUUCCAGGGUCCCCUGGGCCUCCGGGACACAAAGGUGACAUGGGAGAAGCGGGCUGCCCAGGAGUACCAGGCCCUCCUGGGCCCGUGGGGGAUCCUGGGCCCGAAGGGUUCGGCCCUGUAUACCCCAGUGGCUUCCUCCUGGUUCUCCACAGUCAGACAGAUGGAGAACCCACCUGCCCCGCGGGCAUGCCCAGGCUCUGGACCGGGUAUAGUCUGUUAUACCUGGAAGGACAGGAGAGAGCUCACAAUCAAGACCUUGGCCUGGCGGGCUCCUGCCUCCCCAUGUUCAGCACGCUGCCCUUCGCCCACUGCAACAUCCACCAAGUGUGCCAGUACGCCCGGAGGAACGACAGGUCCUAUUGGCUGGCGAGCGCCGCGCCGUUGCCUAUGACGCCGCUCUCGGAGGAGGAGAUCCGCCCGUACAUCAGCCGCUGCGCCGUGUGCGAGGCCCCCGCGCAAGCCGUGGCCGUGCACAGCCAGGACCAGUCUGUCCCGCCGUGUCCGCGGGCCUGGAGGAGCCUCUGGAUUGGGUACUCUUUCCUGAUGCACACAGGCGCUGGGGACCAAGGAGGCGGCCAGGCCCUCAUGUCACCCGGCAGCUGCCUGGAGGAUUUCAGAGCUGCACCGUUCCUUGAAUGCCAAGGACGUCAGGGAACUUGCCACUUUUUUGCAAAUGAGUAUAGCUUCUGGCUGACAACUGUGAGACCUGACUUGCAGUUUUCCUCAGCACCCUCACCGGACACCUUGAAAGAAAGCCAAGCCCAGCGCCAGAAAAUUAGCAGGUGCCAGGUCUGUGUGAAGCACAGCUAGAGAACCCGCCGCUUGUCAUCAG